AUCGAUGUCUCUCAUAUCUAUGUAUGCUAAAUUUAUAUUCAUAUAUACAUAGUAAAUAAAAGUAUAUUAAAAAAAUAUAUAACUAAUUUUUAAUUUUUUUUUUCCGUAUUCCCACUGUGUCCAUAUCCUAGUUGUCACUCUUGUGAAACCCUUGCAUAUACAGUAGUCAUGUGCUGAGAUGAUUAUACAUGAUCUUACCGUGAAUUUGGUAUCAUGUGAUGGAGACUCCUCAAAGUGGGAAGUGUUUUACUGUAUUUUAUGAGAAAACGCUAUACUUUAGGAGAACUGUUGUAUUUUGAAUUGUCAAAAUUUUUACACUGUUUAAAUUUGAAUUUAUAUUGGUAUCUUUGUCUUUUCUUUUUCUUUUCUUUUUUCUCGGCACUUCAUUCUUUAUCUUAGGCAACAUAAUUUUGCCUUUGAAGUUGUAAUCUGGCUUAAAGUAUUCACAAAGUGUAAUAAUAGAUCAUUGCACUUUUAAAAAUUCAAUCCCUUUUAAUAAAGGCCAAAAAGUAUGUGGCAGAUGCAUAAUAAUAUCAUUUGCUGACGUUUAUUUUUGUGCUGCAGAAACUCAGUAUCGAUUGUAUGUCGAUUAUGGCAAGACCUAUCUUCUCCGUCUAAUCAAUGCAGCUGUGAGCUCGGAAUUGUUCUUUGCAAUUGCUGAUCACAAUGUCACAGUUGUAGGAAUGGAUGGGAACUGUGAAUGUACUACUCACAGCAAAUCAACCUCUUGGUUACUACUAUAUGGCAAUUAGACAAUAUGUUACCAACGGUUAUCCCGAUGUUUAUCCUCCUAAUACAGCGAUUGUAGAGUACAGAGGCAACUAUACUCCCCCAUCUUCCCCUGUCUUUCCCUCCGAGCUUCCUUCUUACAUAAACAUCACUCAAGCAAAUGCGUACUUGGCCCGUCUAAGGAGCUUAGCCAGCAAAGAACACCCUGUAUCAGUGCCAAUAAACAUAACUCACCCUAUGUAUAUAGUUGUUUCCGUGGCAGGGAUCCUUUGCAACAAGAGUCAAUGCGAAAUUGGAAUGCAGAUGGGUUCGGCCAUGAACAACAUGACCUUUCUAAACCCAAGUACUGAUGUACUGCUCGCCUACUACCGAAACAUAUCUGGGGUUUACAGUGCUGAUUUUCCCGACUUCCCAUUGAACUAUUAUAACUUUACGGGUGAUAAUUUGCCGAAUAGCACUGCUAUACCAACCAUAGCAACCAUGGUGAAGAUGUUGAACUACAAUGAAACAGUGCAAGUAGUGUUCCAAGAAAGCAAUGUCCUGCGCGGAGCAGAGAACCAUCCAAUGCACAUGCAUGGAUACAGCUUUUAUGUGGUUGGGUCAGGGCCUGGGAGUUAUGACAAUGUGAGCGACCCGAAUACAUUUAACUUGGUUGAUCCACCGCAAGUGAAUACCUUUCGUGUUCCCAAAAAUGGAUGGGUUGCUAUCAGGUUUCAAGCAAAUAAUCCAGGAUCCUCUAUCCCAAAUCCAUGUCCUUUUGUCUCAAAACAAUCACAACAGUUGGAUAAUGAUCUAAUGACUUGAGUGUUUCGGGACAAGGGAACAAAGGAAUUUUGGAGAUAACAGAUCCUUUACCCUGCCUGUGCACCUCAUAACCUUUUAAUAUUUUCCUAUGAACCCAAUGAAUCUCUCCUUAUUCCUAUGAGCACGGAUUGGAUACUAUAUGCUAAAAUACUAUUAUAUUCUAUCUCCUUCUAUACCCUUUGCAAUAUAUGAAUUUUGAAGUCUGGACGAUGUGGAAAACUUGUCUUACGACUUAAAAAUAAAAGAUCCAUCAUAAAGAAAGAAACGAAAAGCAAUUUGGUUGGCUACUUCUAGUUGUUCUUGAGCUUGUUUGGGCUGUGAACAACAAGGAUCAAGUAUUGCCUGCCUAGUAUCACAUUCGAAAUUUUAACUGAACUUUUGGUGUGUGUCGUAUGCAUCAAAAAAGUUUCAAAUGUCAAGGACGAAAUUGAACAUGG